AUGGAGGGAUGUUGCGACAUGGAGGUUCUUAGUAGUGGAGCUUCGUUAUCCUCUUCUGGUAUCAAACAUCACAUCAACAUCGUGCCGUGCAAGUUUUCCAUCAAGUAUCAUUUUGCGACCAAACGAUCAGUGCGCGCUCAGUUGACCGUGAGCGUACGAACGAUGCAGACUGUUGGCGUGCUGUCGCGCAUCAGGCGUGCCCUGGGGCGCCUUUACGUGGAGCGUGAUUUUUUCCGCCCCUACGAGAUACUGCUCGCUCUGCCGGGCUUUCAUCUGGUGGAAGAGUUUCGGACGAGUAGCUGGAAGCGGGCGCUGUUCCUGCUGUCGCGCACGGUGCAGCUGCUUCAGUACGCCCUGUGGGCCGAUCGGUUCUAUCUGGCGCUGUUGGAUCCGUCCAGCCCGCCCGGAAAGGCCCUGCACUACGGCAACACGUUCGGCGUGCUGACGAUGAUGCUGGUCCGCAUGCUGGUGGUGCGCUGGUAUCUGCCGCACGUGCGCCAGCUGAUGGAGUAUCUGCGCAGACAGCGUGGUCGCAUCGAGCCGGCACCCGAUACGCACCGGCUGUCCUAUCGCCGGAUCGUCAACAUAGCCAUCACCUUCCAGCUGAUCGGGCUGGCGGAUCGGCUAGUGGCGGGGUUCUCGCGGACGUACCGGCAGGAGCUGUACGAGGUACCGGCGAAUCUAGCCGAGCUCCAGUGGCCGAUAGUGGUGGCGGUGCACGUACUUUCGUUUGACUUUGCGAGCCGCUGGGGCGCCGCGUACAACGUGUCGCUGACGGGCAUGAACUCGAUCAUGAUGGGACUGUACGAUGAGCUGACGAGCAUCGCGCAGGAGUACGGUCGACUGCUGGCGAAGGGGCAGAACGGUCAAGCGGACAGCUGGACGUCCUUUGAGCGUAACACGGCGCGCGCGGUUCGGCGGCACGAGACGUUCCUGUGGCAGCUGGGACAGUUGAAACCGUUCCUGCAGACCACGUUCCUGGUGAUGUUCUACUCCGCGGCGCUAUUUCUCGCCAUCGGCACCUUCAUGAUCUCGGCCAACGGGACGACGACGUACGGUGUCAUUCUGAGCGGGUUCCUGUUUGCAAUGUUGCUCGAGUGCUACUGGUGUUGUCAGCUGGUCGAUCGGCUCAAUGAAGUGAACACACAAAUUGGAAUUCUGCUCUACAGCCUGGACUGGCCGGUGGAGCUGCAGUAUACAAAGGCGACCGCAAGCCGCUAUCGGCAGGCCCGCUCCUCGCUGCUGAUCAUGAUGAGUAAGACGCAGAAGUCGCUUGGCAUUCGGUGCGGCGGCAUGUUCGAGAUGUCUAGUGAAGCGUUCGCCAGCCUUGUGAAGCUAACCUACACCAUGCUGAUGUUUUUGCGCGACACACAAAAGCUGAAUUAAGACCCUCGUUGUUGCACCAGCAAUGCAAUGUUCCCUUAGCAUGCCAAGUUGUUGCUUUUUCGAUCAAUAA